GUGACUCGUAACGUAGAGAACACUGCRUUGGAAAGCAUGGGACCACGGUGGGUGAGACCCGGAGACAGCGCUGGCGUUAACAGCCACAUUACAUAGACAACUAAGUGCAGCCAUUGUUUAUGAGUUUACGAAAAAUACGGAACACUAUUCAACGAAAGUUAAGAACAGUCUUCACUGACAAUAUUGUAAACCGAUGAUCCUGGCUGUGCAGCAGGAGGAGAUAGUGUUGUCUGAGAGCAGAGGAGUCCAGGACCACCAUGCCCACUGGAAGUCCACACUCUGACAAGACACUGUAGGACACACAGAUGUUAUCCGAUUAAACUUAGUCCGUGACUGAUGGCCUCCCAUAGGAAUCAUUAGUCGAUCGCAAUGGGAAACUCUGAGAGCCAGUACAGCCUUCAGGGGCCCAAGGGCACCAGCUUAAUCCUCCKCGGGAAACAAAAACCCUACUCACUAAAGUUCCGCUCAACCAAAGAGGAGGUUCUUUCCCCCCAUACGUGGUGGAAAGGUGGGCCAGGGGGCUCGGGUUACAAAGCCAGGGCUGUUGGCCGAGGCUGCCUCUCCCCCCCGCAGAGGAGAGGAGAGCCGUACGUCUCCAGACACUACGAUUAUGUCACCAUGGGGGUGAAGGGCAGUCCAAACUGCCYUCGUUGGCAUGACUCCCCACCAGGAGGCGGCUCACAACUCCCAUCUGAGAAUGGCUGCUGCCCAUUUGAAGGCAGUGGACGCCUGGACAGUAGAGCAUCAGGGGAGCUGAACGACCAUGCUCUGAACGGACACAGGAACCCAGAGAGGAUGCCAGGAGAGGGUGAGGGACUGGAGGAGCAGAGCAGUCCCAGGGUGGUCAUCAAGAAGGAUGGUAGUUUGAGGGUGGAGUUCACCAACACUAACAGUGGUCUGCUCCUGGACGAGGCCUCUGGGCCGGUGCAGCUGCUCAAAUUCUCCCCCACCCUAGAGCCCACCCCAAGCAUUCCUGGCAGCAGCAGGAGGCCUGAGGCCCACCACGGAGCUCCGCAGCCAGCCUCAACCUCCACCACCAGGACCAGCAAGGGCAGCUCGCUGAGCUCCGAGGGGUCCUGGUACGACUCGCCCUGGGGGCACAGUGCGGACCUCUGCGACCAGGAGCAGUCCUGCUCCCCCAGUAGGACUAUYGGAAACAGUGGGGCUGACCAGUUGGAGGCCUUUGGCCAACAGUCUCCCCCAGUGUCCAUAUCAGAUCUCUAUAGGGACCCCAGUAUGGCUGUCACCUUCCCCACGGCUAAGGACCUGUCGGCAGAGUACAGGGAAUCCCCCCAUCACAUCCAGCACCGGGCCUCCUUUGUUUCGGCCCUGGACGUGCCUACUGAGGAGGAGUGUCCGGAGGCCAGGCAGUACUCGUCCUACACCCUGCCCUGCCGUAAGGCCCGGCCCAGCGGAGAGCGCUCCACCCUGAAGAAGGGCUCUGGCGCGGUCAGAAGUCGCAUGAGACGCCUCAGCGACUGGACUGGAAGUCUUAGCAGGAAGAAGAGGAAGACACAGGAGCCCCGGUAUAAGGAUGGCAGCGAGGUCUUUGACAGUGGAGUGGAUGGUCUGACAGCUGACACUAGCUCUCCCUCCCAAGUAUCCAGCCUGUGGUACCCUGGCGGUGUGGGGGCCUCCCGGGCCCAGUCGGCAGGGGCCCUCCACCACAGCAACGAUGCCCUUCGUCAGAACAUCUAUGAGAACUUCAUGCGGGAGCUGGAGACAGGGACUGGACAGGGCAGUAGUGGAGGAGGGGGAGCUGGUGAAAGGAGAGACCCGUCUACGGGGACAGAAGAGGGGGAGAGCAGCAGUGAGUCUGCAGGGGGCUCUCUGGAGCAGCUGGACUUGCUGUUUGAGAAGGAGCAGGGGGUGGUACGCAGGGCCGGCUGGCUGUCCUUCAAACCCCUCCUUACCCUGCAUAAGGACAGGAAGCUGGAGAUGGUCACACGCAGGAAGUGGAAACAGUACUGGGUCACCCUGAAAGGUUGUACCUUGUUGUUCUAUGGGAAAGGUUCUCCAGAGCAGGAGCUGUCUCCGCGCUACGCCCUGUUCGCAGAGGACAGCAUCGUCCAGGCCGUUCCUGAGCACCCCAAGAAGGAGAACGUCUUCUGUCUCAGCAACAACUACGGCGAUGUCUACCUCUUCCAGGCCAGCAACCAGACAGACAUGGAGAACUGGGUGACAGCCAUCCACUCUGCCAGUGCCUCUCUGUUCGCUAAGCGCCAUGGGAAGGAGGACACGGUACGUCUGCUGAGGAGCCAGAUCAGAGGCCUGCUGCAGAAGGUAGACAUGGACGGUAAGAUGAAGAAGAUGGCUGAGCUGCAGCUGUCCAUCGUCAGUGACCCUAAGAACAGGAAGGCCAUCGAGAACCAGAUCCAGCAGUGGGAGCAGAACCUGGAGAAGUUUAACAUGGACCUGUUCAGGAUGCGCUGUUACCUGGCCAGCCUGCAGGGGGGAGAGCUGCCCAACCCCAAGAGCCUGUUAGCUGCAGCCAGCCGGCCCUCCAAGACCGCCCUGGGACGCCUGGGUAUCUUCUCUGUGUCCUCCUUCCACGCACUGAUCUGUUCCAGGGAUGAGGCCACACUGAGGCGGCGCUCCAUGUCCCUGAGCCAGAGAUCACGUAACAAGAGAGGCCUCUUCUCCUCCCUCAAAGGCCUCGACAACUUCACCAAGAAGGGCCGUGACAAGAGGCRGUCUACAGAACAGAUCUUUGAAAGUAAUGAAGGAGGACAGGCCUACUGCCUCCCACACACUAGUUCUGAGAGACUGGACAGCUUGGCCAACCACUACUCUCUGGCUCCCCCUGAGGGUGGCCUUUGGGAGAGCAGUGGAGAAACACUGACCUGUGUGUACAUGCCCGACAGCCACGCCAUCCAAGUGCCUAUGAGACGAGACCAUACAGUGGCUGAUGUCGUCUCCCUAGCCUGCAAGUUGAAUCAGCUGGACCCUAGCCUGCACUGUCUCAGACUACACAGAUGCUUGGCCCAGAAAGUAGAGGUCCGUACCCCUGCACCCAGCGAACUACUACAUGACCUGUUGUAUGACGAGCUUGAGGUGUUCCUGCUGAAUGUAUUCACCCUGCAGAUGACCAGACCUGCCUACACUGGGGACUUUGGCUUUGCUGUGACAGGGCACAUAGACGGACAGAGGAACAGCCGCAUCUUUGUCAGUGAGGUGCUGUCUGAUGGACUGGCCUUCAGUGAAGGGCUGAGACCAGAGGAUGAGAUUGUGGUUCUGAACGGUCGAGGUGUGUCCACUCUGGACCUGGGUCUGAUCCAGAUGUUGUUUUCGGAGCAGACCCUCCAGCUGACCCUCAGACGGGAAGCCGCGUCCACCUCACCCCCGACCUCUGGUCCCUCCACCCCGACCCCACUUCCCAACCAAUCACAGCUGCUGCAGGACUUCCUGGACACACACCACCGCGCCAAGUCCACCACAGAUGUGUCCUUGGUGCCAGAGGUCCCUGGUGAGUCCCUAGGCUCUGGGCUGGAGAAUAGUCUACAGCACUCCUGCCACAGCCACAGGGCCGUACAACACAGCAAGAGCGUGGAGACGCUGUACCACACCUUCCAAGAGGGCUCCGGGGGCCUGAUGGAGGGCCACAAAGACCCCCCGAACCCAGGGGCUGAGCCCACCCUGCUCAGAACCUGCCCCCGACACAUGAGCGCCACCGAGAGGCUCAGCAAGGUCAUCCAGGAGCUGGUGGACACAGAGAAGUCCUACGUCAAGGACCUGAGUUGCCUCUUUGAGAUCUACCUGAAGCCCUUGCAGAAUGAGACCUUCCUCACUCUGGAUGAGAUGGAUAGUCUGUUUGGCAGCCUGCCAGAGAUGCUGGACUUCCAGAGGGUGUUCCUGCAGACGCUGGAGGAGAGGAUCGCCUCUUCACCUGACUUCCGAACGCUGGAGACCCCUGAGCAGUUUAAGAAGCUUCUCUUCUCUCUGGGUGGAUCCUUCCUGUACUACGCUGAUCACUUCAAGCUCUACAGCGGUUUCUGUGCCAACCACAUCAAGGUCCAGAAAGUCCUGGAGAGAGCGAAGACUGACCUGGCCUUUAAGGAGUUUCUGGAUGCGAGGAACCCAACGAAGCAGCACUCGUCCACCCUGGAGUCCUACCUGAUCAAACCAGUCCAGAGAGUGUUGAAAUACCCUCUACUGCUCCGAGAGCUGGUUUCUCUCACUGACACAGACAGCGAGGAGCACUACCACCUCACAGAGGCCCUGAAGGCCAUGGAGAAGGUGGCCAGCCACAUCAAUGAGAUGCAGAAGAUCUAUGAGGACUAUGGCUCUGUGUUUGACCAGCUGGUGGCAGAGCAGAGUGGCCCUGAGAAGGAGGUCACAGAGCUUUCCAUGGGAGAAUUCCUCAUGCAUUCCUCUGUCGUCUGGCUCAACCCCCAUCUCUCGCUGGGCCGCAUGAGAAAGGACCCCGACCUGACCGUGUUUGUGUUCAAGAAGGCGGUGAUACUCGUCUACAGGGAGAGCAACAAGCUCAAGAAGAAGAUGACCGCCCCUCGCUUGGCGCACUCCCAUGGAGACCUAGACCCCUUCAAGUUCCGCUGGCUCAUCCCGCUCUCUGCACUGCAGGUCCGACUAGGCAACACUACAGGAACUGAGACUACCUGCAUCUGGGAGCUGAUACAUACCAAGUCUGAACUGGAGGGAAGGCCAGAGACUGUCUUCCAGCUGUGUAGCAGUGUCCCAGAGUGCAAAGUCAACAUUAUCAAGGUUAUCCGCUCCAUCCUCCGGGAAAACGUCAGGCGGAACAUGCGCCCGGCCGAGAGGGGGUGUAAGGAGCGCCUCACGCCUCUACGCAGCACCCUGCCCUCCUCUGCCAGGAUAGGUUCGACCAGAGCCACCUGGCUGUGUAAGCAGCCCAUGCUGGAUCUCCCCACCCCAACCAGCACACUGAAACCUGGCCAGCCUGACUCUGACGAGGGCAGCCUGAGCAGCGGCACCCACAGCUCCUCUGGCGCUCCCCCAGCCAACGGUCCCACACAGCCGAAGACACUGCCCACCCGACAGGCCUGGUCCCGGGGCUCCCUGAGUAGCCAGCGCUCCUCUGUCUCUAGCUCUGUGAAGGAGUCAGACAUCUUGAGUGAUGAGGACGAUGAUGAGUUCAGUGAGUCUGGGGGGCGGCAGGAGGGGCAAGGGAGCUCCCCGACGAGCGCCAUCGAGGCCCAGUUUCUCAGUCUGAGGCUGUCGGAGGAAGCAGCGUCCUCCCGGGCACCGGCUCCCCGCGUGCAGCCAGAGGGAGCGGAGGUGGACACCCUGGAGAGCCCGCCCAAACUGGUUCAGGGCCACAUCUGCCCCGUGAAGAGGAAAGGCAGCAGCAGCAUGCGGCAUAGCCAGGGGGCGCUACUGAGCCUGAGGGAACACAGCCGUUCCCUGGACAGCCAGACAGACGUGGCAGCGAUGGACCUCAACGCUCUACUGGAGAGAGAGUUCAGCGUGCAGAGCCUCACCUCCGUGGUCAACGAAGACUGUUUCUACGACCCUACGGACUCCUCAGACACCACAUACACUGGCAGUGCCCCCAACGCCUCGUAGGGUCAGACACAAGGAGAGGAAGAAGGACCAAACCUCUGCCCAGCCCCUGCUCCCUGCCUCAGGGCAUGGGCAAUUCUGGUUCUGUCCUAGUCCCAGGGUAUCACAGGGUUCUGUUGUGCCUCAGCUCUGAAGUUAAACUGUGUUCCUGUGAACGUGUACAGUAGGCUGGUCGUUCCAUGAAAUUAGUCCUUCUGGGUAGGAUAACCUGGUGGGGGGGGGGGGUGUUUUAUUUCACCUAAUUUUAACAUUGUCAUGAAGAGCACAUGUUCAAAAAUGUACUAUAGUAAGUGCCAAAUAAAGUAACCGGGUUGACUAUUAUCUUAAAUCAGACAUAAAUCCCCUUGUGACUGGGGAAAUGGAAGCAUGCUGUGUGCAGGGAGGGACAAUUUAAUGCAAGCUUCACAAACACAUGUCACAUGUCUAGCCUGUCUAUGAGGAACACGUUUAAUGUGUUAUGCUCGACCCACUCAGUUUUCCACCACAAAUCACCAGAACUAGCUCACCUGCUUUUACACUUUUAUUUGACUAUUAGGUGUUUCUUUUGUACAAACUUUUGACUGGUACUGUAUUUAAAAAGGAAUAGUUUCACCAUAUUAAAACGAGAGUUCACUUCAAGUAACAGGGUCGAUCUUAAAAUGAGGGACAGACGUAAAUGAAUCACUAAUCGCUUUAAAUAAUCCUCUUCAGAAAUGACUGUCAAAGCAACAAAUUAAGUAGGGCUUUACAAUGGUGGUGAAACUUGGAGAAAUGUAGUAGGUUAACAUCUUUCUAGAAGUCAUAUAUGGUACACAGAGGGACAUAUCAAAAUGCAUAUUUAUUGAAUGUUCCAUGUUGCGCACUUCAUUUAAUACAACAGGCUUUUAAAAUUCAAUAUUGGUGCACAAUUUCUACUGAAAAUAUCAAAGGGACGCAUUACGUGGAACGACCAAGGCAGAUCCCACCUGCUUCGCUAUGCACAGGUGUAAAAGGACAGAUGAGUUGGUUUUCCCCCUAGAGAGAGACGAGGUGACUCUGUCCCUGAUAAUGACUGCAAUGAAUCUGCCGAGCACUGAUGCACAACGUAGCUCUGCCUCCACCCAGCGCUCUACUGUAUAUGCCUCACUCUGCCCAGCUCCAAGGGGCCAUCUCAAUUGGCUUCCUCCCCUCGUCUCCUUGAUAUAGGAGAGGUGAGUAUAAUUUUGAUGGAUAGACUUUGCUCUCAUCAGUCAGAGGAAAGGAGAUGAGGAUGCCACUUGAGAUUCGCCCUAAAAGCUUCACUUUAACUCAGACUUCCUGUAGGAAGUUAGGGCUCUAGUUCAAUCCGUAUCGCCGGAAGUUCAGCGUUACGUGAUUGAACUUUUUAAAGGGAAUGUUCCCCUAUUAGCGGAGACUGCAUUCUGGGUAAAUGUUGCAUAUGUCGGCUCAAUCGGAAAUUAAGCUUACGUUUCUAUCACUCGGUCUGUGAUGCUUUAUCAAUAGACUGAACAAAGGCCUUCAUCUGAAUCAACAGGACAGGAUGAAUGGACAUAGAUUUUAUUGCGACUCUGCCUUGCUGUAUUUUGUGCACUAAAGUAAACUGUCUGCCUAUAUUUGAAACAACCUUUAUUUGUACAUCAUGGGAUUUGUUUAUUUAUUGAUCUGCAAAAUAAAUAUGGGGUUAAGGCUUGAAUUGAAGAAAAAGUUUUCGCCCAAUUAGAUUUAUUUUCAGUGUAUUGAAUGAGUAUGGUUGUCAUCCUCCAGCGUAGCACAGGCGUUGUCAAAUAAAACGGCAUGAUUUAAUUGAAACCAUGUGUUGUCAACUUGCCCUGUUUGCAGCUCCCAUACCCGAUACGUUUCUAUGUACAUAUUUUUCCAGAAUAGCUGUACUGUAAGUUAAUUUGAAUUUUUAUAUUCUUACACAUACUUGACAUUUGUACAGGUAGAUACGGCUGUGAUUUGCAAUAAAUACAGUACCACAAGUAGUUUGGGUAUAUUUUUGUUAAGGUACUUGUUUUUUAGCCGUUGCAUCUUGAAGCUACUGUUUGCCCUCAACUCCACUUUACCGCUUGUUUACCAAUGAAUGUGAAAAGCCCUUUUUCUCAUGGACCUGUUUAAUAAAUAAACGUGAUCUGUGA